AUGGAUGAAGUAAAAUUACUACCAGGUGAAGAAGGUAAAAUAAGAGCCAUCUUUUUUUUUAUAGGAUUACUUUUAAGUUUACCAUCGCAUGUUAUAGUUAACGUUUCUUUUUUAAUAAAUCAUUUAUAUAAUGAAGAAAUAUUUGUGAUAGUGAUGGGUAUAGUUUCUGGAUGUAUGAUAGUAUCAUCCCUUUUUCAGUUAACAUUUGAAAGUACAUCAUUUAAAGCUAUUAUCAUAUUUAAUUCUUUGAAUACUCUUAAUUUAUUAGUUUUAUUAGUACUCAUAUGUAUAUGCAAAGCGUCCAAAUAUUAUAUAUAUUUUAUAUGUGGUAUUAUUGGACUAUUUAUUGGAUACUUGUAUUCAGCAUGUACAAAAUAUUCGUUACUGAUGCCGAUAAAAGUAAAUGGAUAUAUGAUUAGUGGUAUUAGUUUUAGUGCUUUGUUUUUCUUUGUUAUUAAUUUGAUUAUGUCUUACUUUACUAUAGAAGAUGGAAAUACGAAAUCGUAUUAUAAUGCUAUAUGCAUGUCAAUAGGCACCAUUGUAUUAAUUGAAUUCUGUAUAAUUGUAUAUAUUAUCUUUGUACAAUUUAGCUCCCCUUACUUUAUGAAUCAACGACAAAUAAUAGAAGCAUCUAUGUGUAAAGGUGGAAACAAAGAUUGUAGUAGUACUAAUAAUAAUAAUACCACACAAUUGAGCGAAGUGGAAAAAGGGAACAAGAAAAAAAAAAGCUCAAAUAUUAUCAAUAGUACUAGUGAAAAAGUAGACGAAUCCGUAUCUAUUAUCACAAUUUUGAAAAACAAAUUUGUCAAUUUAAAGAACAUGUUUAAUUGUACCAACAUUUUUCAUGGUGCUCAGCUAAUCAGAUAUUAUUACACUUGCAUUAUACCCAUAUCCUUUUCCAUUUUCAUAUCGUCUACAAUAUACCCGCACAUGAUUCCCAACAAGCUGAACAAGGGCGUAUACCUUAAAUAUUUGUUCAUGUUUUUAUACCAGAGUAGCGACCUUAUAUUCAGUCUAUUAGUGACAGUAUAUUUAACCGCAUUUAACUUUUUCAAGCAAAAGUAUGUAGUGAUAUUAUGUUUGAUCAGAGUUGUUUUAUUAGGUUUAGCUCUUAAAAUAAAAAACUUAAAAGAAGAUGCAUUUAUGUAUUCAAAUUCUUUUGUAUCAUUGGUUAUAUUUAUACUAGGGGCUACAAACGGAUCACUCAUUAAUAUAAGCUAUGCAAGAAUACAUGAAUGUUUUGAAGAAUCAGAUAAAAAAGAAAAAAAUAUUGCCGUGUCAUCUUCUUUUUGUGCUCUUUCUCUUUUAAUGAGUUUCGCUUUAGCGCCUUGGUUUUGUCGCGCUAUAAUAAAUUUAUAA